CACAAAGUAAUCAUUGUUGGUCUGGAUAAUGCAGGAAAAACAACCAUUCUUUAUCAAUUCUCCAUGAAUGAAGUGGUGCAUACCUCACCCACUAUAGGGAGUAACGUGGAAGAGAUAGUGGUUAACAACACACGCUUUCUGAUGUGGGAUAUUGGAGGGCAGGAGUCUCUUCGGUCUUCAUGGAACACCUACUAUACAAACACUGAGUUUGUGAUAGUUGUUGUGGACAGCACAGACAGAGAAAGAAUUUCUGUGACUAAAGAAGAACUGUAUAAAAUGUUAGCACAUGAGGACUUAAAAAAAGCAGGUUUGCUGAUCUUUGCUAACAAGCAAGAUGUUAAAGAGUGUAUGACAGUAGCUGAAAUAUCUCAGUUUCUGAAAUUGACUUCAAUUAAGGAUCACCAGUGGCACAUUCAGGCAUGCUGUGCUCUAACUGGAGAGGGGUAA